GGCUAUGGCCGGAAAUGACCCACACUAUUGUGAUUUGUUUCGUUUCGCGGCUUCCUCUUUUAUAUUUAAGUCGUAAAAUAUUUACUUAAUUGCUUAUUUUGACAAUUAUACAAGCAACAAAAGAGACAUGUGUCAAAGUUGAGAUUAUCACGUGUUGAGAGUUCUGAAGGUGUGUCGAAGAGUGCCGAAAGAGUGGAGGGGGAAACAUGAGCUCUGAUGAAGAGGUGGCAGCUACAUCUAUACCUUAUUUUAUAGGGAAGAAAGAGAACAUCAUUCAAACCAGAAGAGUGUUGAAGUCAGUUGGUGGAAGAGAUGUUCUAGUGAUUUACCACCAGGGGGACUUCUAUGCUAUUGAUGCUCGCUGCUACCACUCUGGAGGUCUACUUCAGGAAGGAGAUAUAGAAGAUUUUGAUGGACGGCCAUGCAUAGUGUGCCCGUGGCAUAAGUAUAAAAUUACAUUAGCUGAGGGUGAAGGUCUCUAUCAGGCAGUGGACCCUUCUGUGAAACCUCUGAAACCAACUUGGUGCUCUAAAGGCAUUAAACAAAGAAUCCACACAGUGACAGAGUCUAAUGGAGACAUGUUCCUCACCUUAAAUGACUCACCAGGGACCAUUGACUCUGAUUACUAUCAAACUGAGAAAUAUAGAGACACUUUCUUGAAAGAAGGGCAGAAGAAAACGAAGUGACCUCACAGGAAGAGACAUGAGAUGAUCCUCAGGGGGUGAAGCAUGUACAAUGACACCACUGCAGUUUAGGCUUCACUCUUCAGGGAUCAACGGGUUCAAGGAUGACUGAAACCUUUUCAUAUACUCCUGCCAUUCAAAUAUGCAGCUUGCUGUGAAGACUAUAGGUUUCCAUAACAAAUUACCUGUUUAAAAAUGUCAAUAUGUGUUUAUUAACCUGUGCGGUGGUGAUUUUUAAGUGAAUCUUGAAUGUUCAAAUGAAAGCAAAAUUCUUGUAUUUGUUAAUAGUUCAGAAGUGAUUUUGUUCAAAUUAUCUGUGCUAUUAACUGUUGUUUCUGCAUUUAUCAUACUGGCUAUUUCCUAUUUUGAGAUUUGAUAUUGCAAAUUUGUUCUAAAAAAUGUUUGUAGAGAGAAGAAAAAAGUGUUCUUGUUUAUCAUGGCCAAAAUGUAACCUUAUUAAAUGUAAGAAAAUUUUAAUUAUCUGAGCAGACAAAACAUACAUAAAGUCUUUAACCUUU